CGGUAGCGCGUUAUCGCGACAAGAGAUCACAAUAACAGGGAAGGUAAUUAAAAAGUGAUUCUUCGAUGCGCGAAUACUCGUGCUCGUGAAACUAUCCGGCUAGUACUUGGUCACCGUUGGGCGCGAUAUGGUGCGGCGUCGUCACUGUUUCAAAACUAGCGUAUCGUAAGUUAAUCCCUCUUUGCAAACAUGGUCAGUGGGGUAGGGUUUAUUAUAUCGCCGGCGGGGAUCUUGAAGAUUAUAUCACUGCUGUGCAUGAUCAUAGGAGGAUUGAUAUUCGUUACACUCGGAGAUUGCAAUGAAUCACAGUUUUGGGCCAUCGCCUACGUCACCACGACGACCUCGAGUGCCGCGCUCGCGUUCCUUUCGUACGCUCUGUACGCGCUCGACCUGAUUAAAUCGACAACCGCCCUCAAAGUGCAGCACAUCGCCGAGAUAACGGUGGCGUACGUAAUAUUCCUGCUGCUCAUGAUAGUCUCCAUCGUGAUGAUGACCCAGUGCACGGGCAAGAAGGUCCCCAUUGACCACAUUCCGGAGCCCCUUACGAUAUCCGGCGCGAUACUGUUGGCGAUCGGUGGGACGCUUCUGUUUCUGGACUGGCGCUCGAAGGAGCGCGUCGACGACAUCCAGAUGAACAUUCCGCGGUCACCGGGACAGCGCACCAAUCCGCACCUCUCGCGAAAGUCGAUUCUCGUUUAAAGCGUGUACGAUUUUAUAU